AUGCUGAAAGCAGUAAGAAAAUUUGGGUCUUUGAUGGUUCAGAGAGACAGAAUUAUAUGCGAUGUCGUCAUUGUGGGAGCUGGACCUGCUGGAUUAUCUGCUGGAAUAAGACUAAAACAGCUGAACCCAGAUUAUCAAGUAAUUGUUGUAGAGAAAGGUGUAGAGGUUGGCGCACAUAUAGUAUCUGGAUGCUUAUUUGAGCCUAGGGCACUUGAUGAACUCAUUCCAAAUUGACGUGAUAUGGACAGUCCUAUCAAAACCCCAGUUAGAAAUUUCAAGACUUUAAUUUUGUCUGAAAAUAAAUCAUUCAGCAUACCUAACUUUGUGAGGCCUGGAUAUUUGAAUAACGAAGGCAAUUAUAAUAAAAGGGCAUCUGGACAAGUCAUGCAUCACAAAGCACAUUUUAAUUAUAUUCAGAAAUGUAUUACGACCCCAAAAAUGGACAGCUAUGCUUGCUAACUGCCCCUAUAUGAGUGAACAAAAAUUGUUUUUAAUUAAAUUUUUUGGAAAAAUUAUUUUUACAUAUAAUUGCUAUUAUGAAAUCUCAUGCUAAUUCAGACUAAUUUAAAUAAAUUGCAUUUUAAAACAUAAAUUUUACAAAUUAAAUUAAUAUUUGCUUUAAAUUAUUUCGAAUUUGGAUACUUUUAAAUUUGAAAAAAAUUACUAUAAAAUGUAGAAAUGGGUUUUAUCCCAUAUGGGAGUGGGAAGACUUAAAGUUGAAAAGGGUAGCCCAUCAACGCCUAUAGGUACCACUAGAUCAAUCGAGUAACACUCAGCGUGAGGCCAAAAGUUAUGCCUUGGGCUUCAAGCUGACAUUUUGCCGACACUCAGCUAGAGAUUCCUAUUUUGGGAUUUUUACGCAGACAACCUAUGACCAGCCCGAAAAUUGGAAGGAUAUCUAUCGAAAUCCAAAUGCCAAAUCUAAGGGAUAAUUAACUGAAGCCAAGCGGUGCUCAGCGCGAAGGUGAAUGGGGAGUCCCUGAAGCUGAGUGGAUCAUGUGGUAAUGACGUUAAACGAUAACCCUUACUAAAUCUAAGUAAGAAUAACGAAGGCAAUUACAUAAUUUCUCUCAGUGAAACUACCAGAUGAUUAGGAAAAUACGCAGAAAGUAUUGGAGUCCAAAUUUACCCAAGCUUCCCUGCCUCUGAAGUUUUAAUUAACCAAAAAGGAUACGUUGAAGGUAUAAUUUGUAGCGAUUUUGGAAUUGGAAAAAACUGGCAGCCUCGAAAAGACUACCAAAAAGGUGUCGAAAUCUAUGCAAAGCACUCCUUAUUUGCAGAAGGAUCUAAAGGGAGUAUCUCAGAAGACUUAAUAAAGCGAUUCAAUUUAGGGUGAUUUGACGAUGGUGAACGAUAUGCAAUUGACCAAUCCUACGGCCUUGGUAUCAAGGAGGUAUGAAAAAUCAGUCCUGAAAAAUUCGAAGAAGGCCUAGCUAUCCAAACUUUGAACUGGCCACUUGACCUAUCUACAAGGGGAAGAGGGUUCAUGUACCAUCAAGCUGCAGAUAAAGUCCAUGUCGGCUUAGUUAUAAGCUUAGACUACAAUAACCCUUACAUUAGCCCUUACCAAGAAUUCCAACGUCUUAAGACUCAUCCACUUUAUAAGCAUUAUUUAGAAGGCGGAGAAUGUUUAGCAUAUGGAGCAAGAACUUUGACUGAAGGAGGAUUUUUUUCAGUCCCAAAAAUAACUUUUCAAGGAGGAAUGCUGAUAGGAGACUCAGCUGGUUUUUUAAACUACGCAAAGCUAAAAGGCACUCAUACAGCUAUGAAAAGUGGGAUGAUUGCAGCUGAAGUCCUGCAUGAGGCUUUAUCAAAGGAUGAAGCUGAAGGGAAAGACUUGUAUGAUUAUUAUGAAAAAUAUAGGAGGUCUUGGAUUUGGGAUGAACUUAUAUCUGUAAGACAUAUAAGAUCGUGCUUUAAUAGAAACUUUUGGAUGGGCUUGUAUUUGGCAGCGCUUAGUUAUAGCGAGGAUGAAGUCAGGCUGAAGCUGAAUUUGAGGGCAAAGUCAGAAAAUUCGUGAAGAGAUUCAGAGGCGACCAAAUAUGCGAAGGAGUAUGAGCCGAUCCAGUAUCCUACACCUGAUGGAAAAAUAGCGUUUGAUUUAUUAACAAAUCUCAGAAGAUCGGGAACACAGAAUGAUCCAGAUCAGCCAGAUUUUAUUAAAAUUAAAAUGGGAAUGGAGAAGCAGCAAACUCAAAGGUCAAGCAAAUUGACUAAAUUAAAGGUUUAACUGGCCAUAAGUAGGCAAGCCUGCUAACUUUUGAGUCUUAUCAGCUCCAAGGAAUAGCAAUCUUAAAAGACCUCGGAGUUCAAAUCUGGAAAAUUUAAGUCUGCCAUAUGCCCAAAGGAUUAGUUAAGAUCGUUGAAAAGAUCCCUGAGAUACUUCAAAAGGGUAUUUAUCUCUGCCUUACUUCGUAACUGCUUGCCAUCUGCCUAUCAGCUAUACACCUCCAGAAAUGGGCUCACACAUUAUUUGGAGUGCAUGGGAUGGGUCACAGUGUAGUACGCCCGACUUGGGCUACAACUCCCGGCCUUUCGCUAGGAGAUUACAGGAUUGGCCUAGAGGACUUUGAGAUUCUAUCUUCCCCAAGAGGUAAAAACCUUGGUUUGGAAUAAGCUGCGGCCAGCAUCGUAAGACAUUGCGAUCCGCCAAACCUGACCGAAUACACAUCACUGGACUUCAUCCUCUCUUCUACAAGGUUUCUGGGUUUCCCCUGCUAGAGGGUGGGUUGGUUCUCGACAUCGCUUUAAUAUACAUCCCUAGAGAUAAGCUACAUAGGGCAGAGCCACAACCUGGAGUGUGCCCCGAUUGUUCUGAAAAGGAAAGAUCAAACGGUCGGCAAAACCUGUCUAGUCUAUCUUGCAGACACAAGAAAACCUCCAAAGGAAAAACAAAAAUUCCUAUUCGCAAGGCAAGCCCAAGCCUAAAGGUCUGCUUCAAAAUAAGUGCAGAGGCCCUGUUUCAUUCAUCAGAUGGAUCCUACCUUUCCAUAGAGUGCGCCUAGAGUCCUCUUCCACAAUGCCACCAUUUCAUUUCUUUUUAAGGUAAAGCAAGGAAUUUGCAGGACUUGAAGAGAAGUUCUGCCCAGGAGGAGUUUUUACGUAUGAGCAGGAUCAAUUGAAAAUUGACCAGACAAAAUGUUUGCACUGUAAGGCUUGUGAAAUAAAAACAGUCGGGGAGUUUCUUAAUUGAAUCACUCCAGAAGGAGGAAGUGGCCCCUUAUAGUAAUUUUUAUGUAGCACAAACAUGUAA